CAGCAGGAAGGAGGAACCCGCUUACGACGUCCUAUACUGUUGGGAUCAGUCAGGCAGCAAGAUGACAGACCGAGAGGAGGACGACUCUCCACGGUCUGCCUCAACACGUGACACUUCAGUUCGAGAACAAUCUGGCCGGGAAGAUCCCUCCCCCGGGAGGGAAUCUUCUCUAGAUACCAUAAGUUUGGGGGACGACCUUGACGUGCCGGCUUUGUUGGAGGAUACCAAACAAGACGGGGAACUGACACUGACCAAACGGAAAGUGUGUCGAACUGACGGCCAAACAAGUGCUCAUGUUGAUUUCCUGGCUGCAUUCCCGAGCUCAGAGCGAGACGUUGAGGGAGGUUCUACUGCCGGACCACCAUCUCCAAGGGUUCUGAGACAAAUGAAGACUAUUGCUGUAGUCCCAGAGAGGGGUCAGCUACAUCACGACCACUCGGAGGUGAAGACAAAUGCUAGUUUACUGAGGGAAACACGCAGCUUCGAUACUGGCACUCAAGAGUCGCCUGUGAACGUGAGACUGCGCCGACAAUCUCAACUAAACACACAGCGCCGCUCGCACGAGAGCCGCUCCUCAGCCACCUCAAGACCAAGCCGCUUCGCUCCAGUCCACCUGCAGAGCACGCCGGAACCUUCAACUGCAACGAGCAGUAACAGUGGGGCUGCUGUAGCUGGGACCAGUGGUAUUUCCAGACACAUCGCAACCGACUACACGGACACCACUCCUGGAGCUAUUCACAAAUACUACGAUGAGAACGGUAAAGAGCAGAUAUACAUGUUUGAGCUACAAGCGAGUGACGGGUCACCGACCACAUCAGCUACAACAGCAGACACCAUUCCCGCUCCAGGCAUACCUCCGCAAGCAACCCCCGAGUUCUGGGCCAACAACCAGGCUGCUUCAUAUUACUGGCAAGCGGAAGAGGACUGCUUUAACUUCUUGUGUGAGUUAGCUCGUGGAGGACAAGCGUCAGUACCGCCCUCUGAAAACGUCCUCCCUGCUCUGGAGUGGGAUGUUCUGAACCUGUUCCAACAGGCUGCUGACAACAAGGCUAAGACCACCAGCACCCAGACCCCUCGCAAACACUACAAUGUCAAGAUAUUCUGGAAAACGUUCACCAUCCAUUUUGAUAGGUUACAUCUAGAACGGCUGCUGGACGAGGACAAGUACAGCUGGAUAGCAGUUCUGAAGAUCUGUCUGGCUGUUUUGUGUUCUCUAGUCCUCUUCCUCCUCCUCUACUCUGACAUAUUUCACGGGAUCGAAGUGGCGUGGUUGUGUGUAGUCCUGGCUGGCUGCCAGUUCUGUCUCAUCAAGAGUGUACAGCCAGACAGUGCCUCCCCGACCCAAGGGUUUAACCACAUCACCCCUAUCUCCAGACCUAUAUACUUCCUACUCUCUGCUGGAAUACUGCUGGGACUGAACGUGGCCAGAAAGAAUAACUUGUCCUGUGUAGAAAUGUAUGGCUGGAAGCUGUGUUCUCCGCGUUCCAUUGGUCACGGCGAUGAUAAUGUUCUUCCGGUGAUCUUCCUGUUUGGGCUCUUCCCUCAAGUCAACACUUUCCUUCUCUUCGUUCUAGAACAGAUCGACAUUCAUGUCUUCGGAGGAAACGCCUGUCACUCGGUGUCAGGAGCGGUUGUGUCCCUGACAAGGUCCCUGACUGUUGUGGGGCUAGUCUACGGGUUUUGUUAUGCUGCACUUCUGGAGGAGGUCUCCCACACGACAAUGUGGUUACCAGUGAUGUUGGCUCUGUCUCUGAUGUCCAGUUACCACCUUUCCAGAACAAGUGGCAAUAUUUCCACUCUCUUCAGACUCAUCAAGAGAACAGUCAUCAAAAUGGAAAUGAACUAUGAUGAACACGAUAACUUGCCUCUUAAGAUGGAGAAUAUUUUGUUGAACCGUUACCAGUGUGAUUUGAUAACGUGUACCAUUAUCGGUGUUCUGACGUUUGCUGUGUCCGCUUCAACUGCUUUUGUCGCUGUCAAGCCGCAUCUUGUUUUGGUAAUGAAGAUCAUAACCAUCGUGGUAGGAGUUACCAUACACUACCUGAUCCCCCACCUACGUAAAUCAAUGCCAUUCCUUUGGUUCUUGACUCCCUGUUUGAAGACUAAGGAACACGCUCUCUUUGAAGUUCAUAGUGAGGCUCGUGCCAUGUGGUACGAAAAAGCGUACUUGUGGGUCAAGUUUGUGGAGCGCAACGUUCUCUACCCACUCCUGUUCCUGGCUGCUGUUAAUGACAGUGUCCCCCAAAUCAAGGAAAACUUUGGAGUCACGUUUGGAGCUCUGAUAAUCAGCGUGGUUGGUAUCAAACUGUUCCGACAGUGUUACAGCUACACCACCUCCCAGUACAAGAUCCUCCUUUUUACUGUUCUCUUCUUCGAGUUUGACUAUCACGGGUACUCGGAGACCUUCCCCAUAGAUUACUAUUUAAUGUCAAUUGUGGUCGGGAAGAUAGAAGACUUGGUCUUGAAGAUGGAGUUCCUGUUAACGUACAUAGCCCCUUGGCAAAUAGUUUGGGGAAGCGCAGUUCACGCGUUUGCGCAGCCCUUCUCCAUCCCUCACAGCGGUUUUCUCUUCCUACAAACAAUUCUUAGCUCCGUUGUGUGCGCUCCGCUCUCGCCUUUUCAGGGAAGUGCUCUGUUUAUCAUGGGGUACGUGAGACCGCUCAAGUUUUGGGAACGAGAUUACAACACGAGGAGGAAUGACAGCAGCAAUGUCCGAUUAGCAGCCACUCUCGAACAUACCUUUGAUACUGAUCAGAAUAACUUCAACUCUAUCUUUUACGAGCAUCUCAGCCGAUCUCUGCAGAACUCUCUGUGUGGUGACCUGAUGAUGGGAAGGUGGGGGAAUGUGACCUCUGGUGACUGCUUCAUCAUGGCUAGUGACUAUCUCAACGCACUGGUUCAUAUUGUGGAGUUUGGGAACGGGUUAGUCACAUUCCAGCUCCGUGGUCUCGAGUUCAAGGGAACAUUCUGCCAGAUGAGGGAGGUAGAAGCGAUCACAGAAGAUGACGGAGAUGACAAAUCCUGUUUGUGUUGCGAGCCAGGACAUGCUCCAGGAAUGUUGUCCGUCAACGCAGCUUUUAACCGCCGCUGGCUCGCUUGGGAGGUGAUGAAUACGAAGUAUGUUCUGGAAGGUUAUUCAAUCACUAAGAACUCAGCUUCUACAAUGCUGGCCAUGCACGCCCUCCGCAAGACUCUGAUCAAGUACUUCGUGCAAUCUCUUAUCUUCUUCACGAUAAAACAUUCCAAGUUUCUCGAGUGGAUUCAAAUGUUCCUUCAAACUCCACAGGGGAUGGCACUGUCAAGUGACAGCGCUAUAGAAAGAGAAAGCAUGUCUUUCUCCACAAACAUUGAUGUGGACUACGACAUAGCGAAGGCUGGGAUAUCAAGGAAACGCUUCAGAGACGAAUACAUUAAGUGGAUCAAAUGCUGUCUGGCUAAAAGAGAAGAAGUACUCCCCUCAAAACGACCUCUCUCCAUCCACGACACUGUUACUUUAUGCUUCGGAAUGUCUAUUUUAGGACGUCGGGCCCUGGCCUCGGCCUCUCCCUCCAAACUACCCAAUACCAUGGGCAUACUGUGUGGUAUUCACGCCCUCCUUAAGAAUGACAUCAGAAUAUCAAAUCCUAAGGAUGAGUGGGUCUUCCAGGACAUGGAAAUAUUGAAAGAGGUCCUCUCUCCUGCGAUAAAGAUGGCACUAAAGCUCUUCCAGGAUCACUUCAUAGACAGUGACCAGUUUGAGGAUCUCAGUGUUUUGUACGAGUCCAGUACCCAGGCCCUGAGUGACACUGUGGUCGCGUAUGAAGGUGACCCACUGUGGCGAAGCUCGAUCCUGAACAACGCUAAUUCUCUUCUAACGUUACGUCACGUGUUAGAUGAUACUAGUGAUGAGUAUCAAGUCUUCACUCUCAACAAACGUUAUCUUUCCUUCCGGAUCAUCAAGGUGAACCGGGAAUGUGUACGAGGUUUAUGGGCUGGACAGCAGCAGGAACUUAUCUUCCUCCGCAAUACUAACCCAGAACGAGGCAGUAUUCAGCACGCCAAACAGGCACUCAGGAACAUGAUAAACAGCUCGUGUGACGACCCUAUAGGUUAUCCCAUCUACGUGUCCCCCCUGAUAACCGGAUACAGCGACACUCACAGACAAGUAGCUUCGAUAACUGGCAUGGUCAAACACUACAUGCCUUGUUUAAGCGGGGCCAGACGCUUCAUUCACCGGAUACUCAACUGCAGUGGACUGGAGGCUGCUAAUAGUAUUGACGCGGACGCCGGACGCCAGGCUGUGUUUUAUCACCCCAACAGAACGGUGACUCUGCCGUGUGAUAAUAAACCCGCCACUACCCGGCCCCCUUCCGGCUCUUUUCACUCCUGUCUAGACUUUGGGAGCAACGACCCCGUAUCUCAGGUGUUUCAGGAGAGUGACACCUCACCAGUACAUCACCGGAGCUCAGGGCAGAGUGAGAACAGUAAGAAGGGUGAUACUCUAGGAUGUGUGGCUGCCAGCGACCCCAUCAUCUCCUGCGUUCAGGGUCUCUCCAGUCGGAGCAGGGACCAGAACAGAUCAACUAGACAGCACCGGGCUUUUUUAUCGGGGCGAGCAGAGAGCACUUCAGCAGCGGACAAAAGUCAGGAGAUUUUACCACCCCCUAAUCUCCGACAGGGACCUACUUGCGACAACGAGAAUCUCAAUAAGGUACCACUCUCGUCCAGAUGUCUACUCUCGUUUGACGGCAGAGGAAAGAACAAGAUGAGCAGCAGUGUGUCAUUGCCCAGCAAUACCUCUCUUCAGCACAGCGAUCUUCCCAAGAAAACAACUUCAGACAAUCAUCUUAAUCUUACAGAGAGAAAGAUAUCUAGAGAGCUGCUAACUAAAGCAACUUCGGACAUCAACUUUAAUCCUAUUAUCGAGGUAAACAUGAAGUCUCCCGCCACAUCAGACGAAGAUAGUGAAGUAGAGAGCACGCCUUUACUAAGCUGCUCCCAUCCUACCCACUCCACCAAACAUCAGAGCUCCCUGUCCGCCCCUCAUCUCUCUUCUGACAAACACUCUUCCUCCUCCUCAUCCUCCUCCUCUCAUCAUCUCAGCGACAAACAUCGCAGGGUCGACUUCGCUUCCACUGACAUCGAGAUCCCAGAUCUAGACAGUUCUCGGGAGAGCAUGAGGUCACGUGACCGAACUAAAGACUCAAGUGUGUCCCUCUGUAUGGAUAUCCUCCACUCAGACUCACUGCGAGACGGUUACUCAGUGGAUGUUGGGGUUCAAGCCGACAGGGCUGACUCCCCGUGCUUAACGAGAUUUGGCAGCGCGCCAACAAUUCGACAUCAGUCUUCUCGGCACAGGAUGUCCGAGGAAACAGUUAAGGAUUGAACUGAGACGUCACUGCACAGAACCCUUGUGAUCCCUCCGGUAUCAUUGACUUUCGCACAUAAUUCUUCACGAGAUUUUGUACAUUUUAUCAACUGACCUCUUAUCCGACGAAAUCACUGUUACGAAAUAUACGAACAAAGUUGUACUCUCAAUUGAACCAAAAUAGUUUGAACUUUGACAUUAAAGACGAUGAAAAAACUAAUGUCAAAGCAAAUAAAUACAUGUAGAUACCUUAAUCAAUAAAAUUUAAUUUAUCCCGUUGACAUUUAAAUUAAAAUCAAGCCUGUUCUUUUUGAGUCUUCUAAAAACAUCCGCUCUUAUGUUUUGGGAUGGAACUUCGGUGUUUCAGCGAUCUGGAUCAAUAUAAUGAAUGAUAUUGAAUUUAACUUCUUAAUUUUAUUGAGACAAAUCUAGCUGGACUUGUAAUAUAACGUUUGUCAACUGUUUUAUAAUGAUUUAUUUCCUC